CAGUGCAUGUUGGGACAUGUAGUUCGUUGCAUGAGCGGAUCGAUCGUUGUAGUCACUCACGGAACUACGUGUCCCCAAAUUCACUGCUCCGGAUUUCAGUGUGUGCAGCUUUUCAUGCUAGGCUACAGCUAUGCUGGGCUGGGCAGGCACCCCUUGUGAUUUCCUGUUGGAUCCGCUUUAGGGUUGCCUAGCUGGGAAUGCUGCUGCAUGGACUAAAAUCCGGAGCUGCUGCCUGAAGCCCGUUCAAGGAGGAAGUGAAGCUCUCGCGGCGUGGCGUGGGGUGCAACUUCUCAACCCUUGCGGGGUGAGGGCGAACUGCUGAAAAAAGGUCCAAGAGGUGGAAUCUGGCUGUCAGAAACCUUCAGCCUAACAGACUGACUGAAGAUGGGAAGGAAAACUUUUGCUGGCCUCUAUGCAGGAAAUGGCCCUGAUGCCACCCAGGCUGUGAGCAGUGGAGGAUUCUGGGAAAGGACCACACAGAAGAUCUUGAGCGAAGGCUACCUGAGCCCAGAUGUACAAUGCCAGCGCUUCAGGCAGUUCUGCUACCAGGAUGCCAAGGGGCCCCGAGAGAUUUGCAGCCAGCUGCAUAAUCUUUGCUGUCAGUGGCUGAUGCCAGAAAGACACACGAAAAAUCAGAUCCUGGACCUGGUGGUCCUGGAGCAGUUCCUGACGACCCUACCCCCGAAGAUGGAGAGCUGGGUCAGGGAAUGUGGAGCAGAGACCAGUUCGCAGGCGGUGGCCCUGGCAGAAGGUUUCCUUCUGAGCCAGGCAGAGGAGGAGAAGCAGCAGGAAAAGCAACAGAUUCCAGGACCAUUGUCUGAAGCAUCUCCUGAUUUCUCUGUGGCAGAGAGGGCUCCAUUGGAUGCCAAGCAGGGGCCGCUAUCCAGGUGGACUUCACAGGAAGUUGGCCGAGCUGCCACCUGGCUGGGUAAGGAGCGAUGGGUCAGACAUCCUUUCGAUCUCCCUCUUGCUCAAAUGUCAUCAAAAUACAUGUUGAGUCCAUUUGAAGAGGAUGCUGCCUUCUAGCCCCUUGCAAAUUUUAUGUAAAGUGUUUCAGGAUUUAUAUAUCCGCACCUGUAUCUGCAGAGACUCUGCGGAGACACAUUUUAUUGCA